CCCCUUCCAAACCUCGUCCUCUAUAAAAAUCAAGUUUAAACCCUUCAAAAAAAAAAAAAGACGAGCACCAACAUCAAUAGCAGCAUCGCAAACCUAAAACACCAGUUCACAAAAAUCAAGAACCAAGAAGAAAAAUGGAGGAAACAGGGCGUAAAGGAGUUCCAUUUCCAGGUUUUGAGAUGAGUGUUCACAACGACGACUGUGUAUUCCGGCGAUCUUUAAGCUGCCGUCUUCAGAGACGAGCUCCUUGUCCUCUCUUAUUACCACCAAGACCUCCUCCUUCCGCCGUAGCCCCUUCUACAUCUGCGUCUGAGCUCUGUCAAAAGGGCACAGAUCCAAUCCCUCUAUUGUCCCCACUCGUCCUUCCUUCAAUGCGUCAACCUAAUUCCACGACGGCCUCUCACUAACGCUUUCUCUUUCCAGACUCUUAGACCAUCUGCAACAGAGGUUCAAGAGGAGUCCAUAGCCCAAAUCCUUAGAAUUUUUUAAAUAUAAUAUUAAUAUUUGGGCCAAGAUUAUCACGGAUCGGUCCGUAAAUAAGGUGUAGAAGGAUCGAGUCCUUAGUACACGUGUCCCGUAACUAAUCGUCUCUCCUCUCUCCUCUCUCUCACCAAACUCAGCCGUAGAAGAAGAAGCCAUGGGAGAUAAGCUCUCUCUCUCUCUCUCCUCCUCCAUCACCCUUUUGAUUGGAGGAGAGAUGGAGACGAAUUCGAACAAACCGCCGUCGUUUCUCCCUAAACGCUCCCAAUCCGUCGACCGCCGUCGUCCCUCGCCUUCCCCGGCCACCGAAAUGUCCGCAGCCACGAAGAUGCUCAUCACCUCCACCAGGAGCCUCUCGCUUUCCUUCCAAGGCGAAGCCUUUUCCCUUCCCAGCAGCAAAAAGAAGGAAGCCACCGCCGCUCCUCACGUUAUCUUCAGUGGCGGUUUGUCAAUGCGAGGACUGAGUAUACUUUAAUGGUGUGCAACGGCGUGAUCCGCGUGCAACGGUGCUAUUUGUAUUAUUCUGUUUGAUCGCUGCGGUUGUUCUGUAUGUGACGCCGUUUCAGGUUGUGGCGCUUUUGGUUGUGAUCAAUGUUCUGAGACAUCCGAGGUUUAGGUACAGGCUGCCGUCAGUUCCUCUCAAUUUUUUCAGGAGGCUUCCUGCAAAAACUGAGUGCAUGCUCUGAGCACAAAGAACCGAUCGUCCCUUUCGGAAUUGUUAGUUUGUUUCUUGUUUUUUUUAAAGGUCAUGAUGACUCUUUUGCUUGUUGAUGAUUAUGAUGUCGUUUGGUUUUUAAACAUUAUCAGGACUUCUUGUUUGAAAUUAGUAAAUUAGCAUCUGUGUGUGGCUUUGAUGUUC